AUGAAUUCUUUAUCUGAGAAUCACUUUUCAUUUUUUCUUUCUUUCUUACAGUUUGUGAAGCACUUGACUGUUAGUGCCCUCUGCAGUAGUGACCAGUAUGUUUGGGGCUUAGGCAACAACCAAGUGGCUUACAUAUUUAGCCCUGAGACUCUUCUUUGCAUCCAACAAAUCCUUUUAGCCCCUGGAGCUGUGACCUCUCCAUUAAAUAUCCAUUAUUUGAACCGCACCAAACAGAUUCUAGCUACCUUCACUGAUGGAACUGUCAUAGUUUGCCAAUCAGAACAGAGUGUUCCAGAUGUCACUGGAACGGAAAAGGAUCAGUACAAGGUGUUCACGCUUCCUGUGCCCAUGAACAAUACCUUCUGCUCUAUUGUGGUUGAAACCAGGAACAGUUGCCAGCUUUGGCGAGGUUACAAUGACAGCGAAAUUGGAAUCUGUGAUAUUACUAGCGUUCUUCAUGGUUUAAAAUUGAUCGAGAGGAAAGAAAUAGAAGAAAACUUGCUGGACUGCACCAAUAACUACAGUAGAGCUGGAUGCUACUUGCUUACAUCAUGGUCAUCUGUUCUGGCUAAUACACAUUAUGUCUUCUCUUAUGUCUAUCCAGGAACCACCAUUAUGAGGUGGAAUGUCUUUACCCAGCUAGAAGAAUCUAGUCUUGAUUGUCAUGCAGCAAUUGAUGCUCUGAGUCCAAGCAAAGAAAGUUCUUGUCAAGUGACGACAAUGAAUGUUAUCAACUCCCAUCUUUAUAUUGGCACCACACUAGGUGUCGUCAUUAUUGCUGAGGCUCUGACAAUGGUUCCAUUGGCAAUGUUGAACUGCCACAAGUCUAGUGAGUUCUAUAUAAAAUCAAUCCUGCCUCUGCAGUGUGAGGCAUGGCCCACUGAUGUAUGCACCCCAGCGUCAACAGCAGGAGUUCCCCGCAGUGCUCAGUCAUCAAGAGACCAACGAGGCAUUGUCACAAUUGGCAGGGGAUAUGUGGACCCUUUCAGAGAUCUUGUUGAGCGCCUGAAAAGAUCCUACAUUCCUCAUUCAGGAACCCCUGUCAAAGUACCAUUGAAUCUGGACAGUCCUAGCAAACCUGAAGAUUUGUACAAAAGACAUGCUUUCUUACUAACAUGGAUUGCAGAAGACUGGCUGAACUACUGA